CCGGCCCUCCAGCGUCUGUACGGGCUGCACGAGGAAGGAGACGUGUCCUACUUCCAGAUGGAGACAGACAACACCGUGGGUAGUAACAUGGGGGAGAAAGAAGACAUGGAGGCGUCAGAAACCCCGUUUGACCCUUACAUUGAAUCCCUGCGACAACAGCUGGAGGACCAAGACCCGGUUCUCCUCAUCGCGGUCAUCGUCGCUCUGGCCGUCGUUGUCAUCACCUGUGUGUUUCUGAAGUACUUUCUCUCCAGCAAAACUGUCCGCAGUGCUGUCCUGCUGGUCGGGCUGUGUGACGCUGGGAAAACCCUCCUCUUCAGCCGGCUGUUGUCAGGAAAGUUCAAGCGGACCCAGACCUCCAUCACAGACAGCAGUGCUCCAUACAAAGCUAAAAACGACAGGGGCAGCACCUGGACUCUGAUCGACCUGCCCGGACAUGACAGUCUUCGCUCUCAGUACCUGGAGAAGUUCAAAUCUUCAGCCAGAGCCAUUGUGUUUGUAGUGGACAGCGCUAUUUUCCAGAAGGAAGUGAGGGACGUGGCAGAGUUCCUGUACAUGUUAUUGACGGAUACUGUGAUCUCCAGGAAUGCCCCAGCUCUCCUGGUGGCAUGCAACAAACAAGAUAUCACCAUGGCAAAAUCAGCUAAACUGAUACAGCAGCAGCUGGAAAAGGAAUUGAACACCUUGCGAGUGACGCGCUCUGCAGCCCUGAGCUCUCAGGACGGCUCUGUGGGCGGCAGUGUGUUUUUGGGGAAAAAAGGCAAAGACUUUGAGUUCAGCCAGGUGCCCCUGAAGGUGAAGUUUAUGGAGUGCAGCGCCCGCGGCAGCAAGGGUGAGGAGGGGGAUGCAGACAUUGAGAGCCUGGAGAAGAGUCUGGCUAAACUGUAGAGUCAGCAGCUCAACAUCCUCAGUGCAAAAUUUGACUCAGGCACAGACCUUGGUAAUCACAGGAGGGAUGACAUCUCAGUGGAGGAUUUAUUUGACCGGAGUUACCAGUCAACCAUGGUCCUAUCUGUGCUGGCUGUCAAUGUAAAACUUAAUUACAUUAACUGGGGGAAGAACUUUUGAGACCGAUUCAAUAAAAAAACAA